UUUCCAACACUCAAAAGCAGCAGCAAACGUGGAGAGGCAAAAGGGAAGAAAAGCAAGAUCACGAAGGCUACCGGAAAUCUCACUCCGGCUACGAUUCCGGUGAACGGUGAAUUCAGCUACCUAAUUUGUAAGUUCUAAUACAAUCUGGGGUUUGCUUCAGUCAAUUUUUGGCGAGAGAGAGAGAGAGAGAGAUAGAGAGUAAUUACAAUGGGGGACGGUGAUGUCGUGCUUAGGCGAGUUCAUGCCGACUUCGGCGACUACGAGGAAGAUGUGAUUGCGGAGAUCCUAGCUAGACUACCCGUCAAAUCCUUGAUGCGAUUCCGAUGCGUCUGCAAGUCAUGGCGUGCUUUGAUCUCCGAAUCCUAUUUUGUAAAGAAGCACCUCAGCUACGAAGAGAGAGGCAUCACCGAGAGCGCUCACAGGCUGAUUUUCAUGCUGGAUCCUCCCUUGGUCUUGGACUAUGAAGCCUUGAAAAGUAUGAAGGAUGAUGAUUAUGGUGAUGGUGAUGGUGCUGGUGCUCAGUUUGCAGUCACUCAGCUGGAUUUUCCGGUAACGAAAUCUAUCCCUGACUCCGGUAAUAGAGUUGCUGUGGGCUCUUGCAAUGGCUUGGUAUGUGUACAAGUUGACUGCGAGGCCAUUAUGUUAUGGAACCCUUGUACUAGAGACUCCAAGAUUUUACCAGAACCUCCUCGAGUUAUAAACUCCGAGUAUUGGUACUAUUUUUAUGGAUUCGGGUAUGAUUCUGCUAGUGACGACUACAAGGUGAUACGGGGGUUCACUGAUUAUCUUGCUAAGAAAAUCAUGAUUCACAUCUUUUCACUGAAAACAGGUUCAUGGAGGUCUGUCGAAGACAUUGAUUAUGUUACAUUAAUAAUGCAGCAGGGGUUGUUCUUAAAUGGAGCUCUGCAUUGGUUAUAUAAUCUACCUGAAGGGUGCUCGAGAAUCUUGUCUUUUGAUUUAGAGACGGAGAGAUUUCAGAAGACGAUUCCAUUUCCCUAUGAUGCUUGGUUUUAUGAUCUCUUGAUUUAUAAAAAUUGCCUUUGUGUACUUGCUUGCCCGACUGGAACCAACACUUUCAACAUAUGGAUGAUGAAAGAAUAUGGGGUCAAGGAAUCCUGGACUGAAGUUGUACAAUUUUCUUUUGAGAGGUAUGCAGCGCAUUAUCAUGAUUUUAGGAGUUAUUUCACGCCUGUGUGCAUUUUUGAGAAUGGUGUAGUUUUGAUUGACGAGAUGGGUGAGUGUGAACGCCUCAUGGUAUUAUCUAAUCUAAAGGAGAAGGAAUACAAGCAUGUUGUUGAGGUUGCGGAGAACUUGGAGUUUAGAAGUGUCAUUUACCGAGAGACAUUAGUUUCACCAGACGUCCACACGUACAAAACCAACAAUAUUUGUAGGUGAGCUAGUAGCGUUGCUGUAGUUCUCAAGGAAAUAGGGAGGCAAGAGUGAUUUUGUAGAAGCAACCUGGAUGUAAUUCAAGGUGGGCGUCAUUUUGAUGGAGGAGAGGUAUGUGUAAUGUUUCUUCUCCACUUGGAAACAAAUUGGGAGUCCAGAAAGUCAUUUGCUUAUGUAGAAAGUGGAUGCAGUGUUGUUUGGAUAUUGUACUAAGAAUUAAAUAUCUUGUCUUUGUAAACCUAACAAAGUUAUUUCUUAUAUUUAUCAAAUAUAAAAAUGUUAGCUCUUGUCAUCCAAUCAAAAA